GGACGACAUGGAGCACGGCAGUAAUAUGGCAGGUGAUGGCAUCGAGCAGUUCGUGAUACGCGCACUGUACGACGAGUUCCGCGACCGGUCAGCAGGCCUAAGAUUGACAUGAUUGUGGAGCUCCGGCUUGAUAACGAUCCGGAUCUGGCCCGGUAUCUGGACAAAGGCGUGGACCCGGUGUUCGACCGGACUCUGCAAAAGCUGGGGAUGCUGGCCAGGCGACGGGCGCGUGUCAUCAUUGAGCUUCUGCUUGUGUGGCGCAAGGCGACAAUAGACAGCACUGACGAGUUCCCGCUGGACGGCUCGCUAGCCAGCGCAUACAGUGCUGGCAAGCAAGCAAUGUCGAUGCCAAGUCUAACGUCACGGGCCCACAGCAUCGCCCGCGACCGGCGCUCUCUGGCAUCGGUCUACAUCCUGUGUCGCGCCCUGGUAGCAGUGGUCGGGCAGCUCGAGUCGACGCACCUGGAGGGCGAUCUGGGAGACCGGCUUGAGGAGCUGGUGUUCCGGCAGGUGCGCGAAGUCAACCCGGCGAACCUGCGACGGUCGCAGAACCGGCGCGACAUCCAAGACCUGUAUGUCGAGUUGAUUGGCAAGAUUUCGGAGGUGCGGUUCGCAUCAAUGAGCGACCGGUUCAUUGCAGAGCUGGAGCGGGAUCCCGAUGGUCAGCGGGGCGAACGACGAGCGGAUUGUCAUUCUGCUGCAGAACAUGCGGUCAUUGAAAUUGCGGGUGUUUCCGAUUGACGCAUUGGAGGAGAGCUCGGCGUUUCUUCUGAGCUGCGCCAAAUUCUACUCGCGCACGUCAGGCAGUUUGCGGCUGAAGCACGCGUGGGCCACGUUGCUGACAGAGCUCUUGAUGCCGAUGGCGGCGGUGGUAGAUGUCGAGGUCAACAUGCCGGAGCUGGUGCAGGCGAUCGAGAUCAUCUACGCCAAGGCGAUGAAAAUGGCAAGCAAGGUCAGGCACAUCAAUGUCGCGUUUCCGCUGGUCGCCG